AUGACAAGUCCCCCUCACAAUAACAACCUUACUGAUCAUGGAACUCGGAUACCAAGAUCCGGCAGGAGGAGUGACAAGGCUUCUCAGGUCGCCAGCAUGCGAAAUCCUUGUGCAAAAUUUAGAAUUGGAACAUGGAAUGUGAAAACCCUGCUCAAAACAGAAAAAGUGGAAGAAUUAAAACAAGAAAUGAAACGUGCAGAACUAGACAUCUUAGGAAUCUGUGAAACACGAUGGGCUGGAAAUGGUGACUUUACAUCCGAAGAAUUUAGAUUUAUACAUUGUGGAAACGAGAAAAGAGGAAAAAAUGGUGUUGCGCUGAUACUUAGAGGAAAAUGGAAAAAUAAUGUCCUGAAUACCUAUCAUGUUAAUGAUAGAAUGAUGAUGAUUAAAAUACAUGCUGAACCCACUGACAUGUAUGUUAUACAAGUUUAUUUUCCAACAUCAAACAGUGACGAUGAAGAAGUGGAAAACAUCUACGAACAAUUAGAAGAUUUACUCAAAAUAACUGAAGAGAAAUCAAAUGUAUUUAUUAUCGGAGAUUUUAACGCCUCUGUAGGAGAACAAAACUUUACAUCGACCACAAUGGGAAAAUUUGGUCUUGGAAAACAGAAUGAAAGAGGACGGAGGCUUCUGGAAUUUUGUGAACAAAUAAACAUGAUCAUUACCAAUACAUUUUUUGAAACUCCAAAAAGAAGAAGAUACACAUGGAAAGCGCCUGGUGACAUAAACAGAUUCCAGAUUGACUUUAUUCUAGUGAAAAAAAGAUAUAGAAAUCAAAUUAAGUCUAGUCACAGCUAUCCUGGUUUCGACAUUGACAGUGACCAUAAUCUAGUCCUUGCUAAAUGCAAUAUUAAAUUUAAAAGAAGAAUUAAAGUACUAGAGAAAAAAUGGGCAGUGGAUAAACUUAAAUCCGAUCCGACUCUGAAAUCUUUUCAAGAAUUAAUGGAAAAAACAGACAACAGUUCGUGGGAAGAACUGAAAUCUACCAUUACACAGAAUGCUGAUAAAAUACUUGGUAAACAUAUCCUAGAACCUAAGAAACCCUGGAUGACAGAAGAAAUUCUAGAACUCAUCAAAGAAAGAAAUAUUUGGAGAAAUAAAGACUACGAUAAGUAUAAAAAAUCAAGAAUACUGUUACAGCAGAAUGUAGGAAAGCCAAAGAAAAAUGGAUGGAUGAAAACAGUGCGGAAAUUGAAUAUAUGA